CCCUGUUCAACACGUCAACCAAACAGCACUUGCUGCGUGGUAACUUUUUUCGCAUUGAGCUCUUUAUCUGUCAGCGGGGCGUGAGCUGUGGCUGCAGCGCGGCGGAUUUAACUCACCCGGCUGAUCUUGGCAAAAAGAAAAUCUUCAUGAAGCUUCCCAGCAAUUAAGACGACUUGGUCCGUAAUGUUGACAGUCCUGGUUCACGUGCUCCUGAUGCUGCUUGCUGUUCAGUGUUUGCGACCUGGAGCUCCCGUUCAUUCAGGCGCCCUGGAUGUCCCCUGGCAGGAUGAGGUGUGCUGUGACUCACCUACUGCUAACGGUUAUAUAGAAGAAGGGUCUGAUUUAAACCUCCCACAGUCUCCACGCUGCAAAUUUAGGAGCUCCUCAGCUGAAUCAAAACCUCUAGUGUCUCUAGGCGGCACCUGUUUGGACAUACUGUGCAGAUUUGAUGAAUCCUGGUCAAAUUUAACUUGUGAUCUUAAGUCCAGUGGCCUGUCAUCUGGUAUAAUGAAGCCCAGUCGUAUGGCAGUCAGCCUCCAGCAGAUCUCUGCAGAAAACGACACAGAUUACAAUGUGUCUGAACAUCAGGUUGUGUGUGAUGCAGAGGACUCAUUCAUGUGCUCAAUUCAUCUCAGUUCAACAACAAUCUUUGCUGUUCGGCUAACGGUCAAUGUCUCCAGUGUUUUGGCUCCACCGGUUUUGCUGAGAAUUUCUCCCAGAUCUGUGAAACCAAGUCCCCCAUUCAACCUGUCACACAUUCAGACUGUGGAGGGAGAUCUCAUUCUCAGGUGGAAAGAGCCAUUAGACUUUAGUGAUAAUUUACUGGCCUAUGAAAUCCGGUAUUCCCACGAAAAUACCAACAAGAACACCCACAAAAACUGGCAGGUGGUGUCUGCACUUGAAAAGCUCAAUGUUUCACUGGAUUUGAAACCCUUACUGAAGUACACCGUCCAGGUCCGCUGCACCACCCAAACUCAGCCUGUUCUGUGGAGCGACUGGAGCAACCCCUACCAUAUCUACCUGAACAAUGUGAGCUACAUCCCUCAAAAGUUAGUGGCCCGAGCCGGUGAUAAUGUAACGGUUUAUUGUGUGCUAAACGGUCAGAGCGCCAACGCAAAUAUGGCCAUGUGGUCCCUCAACCGAAUGGUGCCGCUUGAUCCCAGUUUGUAUCAUCCUGUCAACCAGCGGGUCAGCCAGAUCACAUUCACAGCUUCAGAGACUGGGUUGUAUGACCUACUGACCUGCACACAGGAGUGGAAUAUUCCUUAUAGCAAGAUCUAUGUGGAAGGAGGAUUCAUCAACAUCACAUGUGUAACCAAUGGUGACAUUGACACUAUGACCUGCAGAUGGGAGAAUAAAGAGUGGGAAAUAGUCAAAUUGCGGUCCAAGAGUGCGGAGAUGUCAUGUGAUGAGAUGGAAGAAAGGGUGAGAAGUGGUGAGGACGUUGGUGAGAUGGGACAUGAAUGCAUGCCAAUCAAAUCUACAGAGAAGGUCUGCACUUUCCACCCUUUGAAGAUGAAUUGCUACAAACUGUGGCUUGAAUUGCAUACCCGCCUCGGUCUCAUCAGGUGCAAACCUGUCUACGUGUCACCCAUAAAUCAUGUAAAACCUUACCCUCCCACUGAUGUGAUGGCAGUGAGCCGGAGCGGUGGGAUCUUGAGGGUAACUUGGAAACCGCCUUCUCUGCCGGUCGAAGGCCUGCAGUGUCAGUUUCGGUAUUACUUACUCGGGGUUUUAGAGAAAUGGAAGUUUGAGAAGCCUGUGUGGGUUCCCUGGGCCGAGGUUGAGGUACCAGACAUGUGCCAGAUCUACGUGGUUCAAGCACGCUGCAUGCACACAAGUGGGAUCGGAUACUGGAGUGACUGGAGUGAGUCUGUCCACUCCACCGCUCAAAACAGCAGAGCUCCUGAACGGGGGCCUGAUUUCUGGAGAAUACGUCAAGAUGACCCGUACAGAAACCAGUCUAACAUCACUCUGUUGUUUGAGUCUUUCUCAGCAAAUUGGAAUACCUACUGUGUGGAUGGAUUUAUGGUCCAGCACCAGGCCUCGAAUGGAUCAGUGCUGAGGAGGCAGAUUGAUAUGGUGUCCUCCUACAGCUUUGAGUGGAAUCAGGAGCUCCACAUUGUGACUGUGGAAGCCUACAAUAUUCUGGGGAGCUCUGUUAACAACGUCAACAUGACGCUGGAGAAACAACCUAAACGCCGCUGUGUGCAUUCAUUCCACGUUUUGGUUAUAAACAGCACUUGUGUAUCUCUGUCCUGGAGCCUGUUGCAUAUCAGCUCUGUCCCUCUCUUCAUGGUGGUUCAGUGGUUCCCAAGGAAGCAGCAGGACUUUGAAGACUUUGGUCUAAGUGGAAAAACGUGGGCCAAACUGUCCUACACCGAACCUCCUACCCAGUUACGAGGAGAUUUCUUUAGCUCAGAGGAGUAUGCCUUCCACUUGUUCCCUGUGUUUGCUGAUGGAGAAGGAGAACCAGUAGUUACAAUAGUUAAGACAGGAAAUCCUCCAGCUUACAUGAUGCUGAUGUUCAUCUCCCUCCUUUGCAUUGCCGUGUUUGUGACCCUGAUUCUCUCCCAAAACCAGAUGAAAAAAUUUGUGUGGAAAGAUGUUCCAAACCCGAACAAGUGCUCAUGGGCAAAAGGACUAGACUUUAAAACGCUCCUCUGAAAAGGUCACCAAACACGGACUUCUUUGGAAAGCCAGCAGCAGCAUAAAAAGAGAUCUGCUUGGACUUGGCGGACUGAACCCCUGUAAAAAUCACAGCCUUUUGAACACUUGAUGAAAAGUGGCUGAUAAAGAUAAACACGCUUUUAAAUUAUAUCAUUAUCGUCACUGUUAUCAUUAAUAUCAGUAUUAUGAUGAUUUAGAGUCCUAGAAUAUGUUGCACAAGGUGAGUGGCUUUGCCAUAUUCCUUGCAGUUUAUUUAUUUCUUAGUUUCUUCACUCCUGUAGCUGACACAGCUGCUAAGAGUGCCAUUUUUUUUAUGCUGUCCAGCUGGAAGAAUUUUUGCAGUUACUUUUUUAUUUUUGGGCAAUUGUUCUGAUUCAUUACCAUAGUAAUGAGGGACUGUUUAUAACAGGUGGAUAUUUAUUGACACCUUAAAAGUUUAGACAGACAAAGUAUCAGGAAAACACCAAUGGAUGUUUGAUGAUCGUAUCCCUAUCUCCCAACGGCUUUCUGUCUUGCUUUUGAGAGCGGUAGUAAAAGCAAAGGAUUGGUAUUAGCAAUGCUUGUCAACAACUAGUUGUGAAAUCUACUGUAUAAUAUUGUCUAUGCAGGAUGGAUAUUGAAUUGUUAAUCUUUGAUUUUCACCAAUUAUAAAAUUCCAAGUGCAUUUUCUAGGAUUGUGUUAGCAACAGUAUACAAUACCAGUUCUGCUUGUGGUGUCAUCAGCUCUGGGUUUUUAAGAAAGAGACACAACACCCUCAUACAUAUGUAGCAAUAACUGAAGAUUUAAACUAUUGAUUCCUCUCUGUUGACACUUUGUCAACUGAUCUACUAGGGAAAACAAAUUGAAUUUGCUUUUUGGACAUUUUCAUGAUCAUUAUAUCUUAGUUGAAAAAUGGCUUAUUGGUAAAGCAUACCAUAAACUUGUGUUUCUAUGUAUAAACUUUUCAUUGAGAUUUUUAUCAUUUUUUCACUUCCUGUGAAAAGAUGAUCACAGGAAGUUGACGAAGCUCAGCUUGGUUGUUUUGAUGCCACAAACACGGAUGCGUUCUGCCAGCCACAUGGAGACUGGGUGUACUUGUAAACUUCAUUGUGGACAAUUCCAUCGCUACAGUAAUGGAAAAUUUAACUUUGUAGUUUCUUAUAUGCACGUAAAAGUUAAUUACUAGGUAAAAUAGAACAGAAUGUGUCUGUUAGACAUUACCAAAGUGGUGCAACUUGCUUUAGCUCUUAGUACGUUGAGGUCAUCUUAAGGAGUCGGAAAAGGAUGAGUGGUUUCAAAAACAGAGUAUAAAUUUUGUGUCUGCCUGCAAGCAGCCAGAGCUCUGAAGAACCUUCCUUGUUAUGACAAGAUUUAAUAAAACUCUCGAAGACAAAAGGAUUCAGUUCUCCUCAGCCCUAUUAACAUAAAACUCCAUAACACAUAGGUCAACAGUGAGAUGGUUUCUCAAUAACAAACCUUGUGACCCAUAGGAAAUGCUUACCUAGUGAGGGAGACGAGGAAUCUUUGAAGAGCAUUCAAAGGCAACUUAUAAUAAAAAUUAGAGACAGCAAGCAUGGAGGAAAAUUUCCAGCAGAACAAUGUACAAGAUCUGUACAUUGUACAGCUCCUUCUUCAGAGGUGAAGAAGGAGCUGCAAGCAGAGAAAAUAUCAGCUUGACAGAAGUCUGGACAGACUGAUGCAUUCUUUGAAAGGUUCAGUUUAGGAACACACUCACCAUCCUGCUGGCCUGGCGACACCAAAACAGACUAACUUUAUCAACAAUGUUCUUGUCACAAAUGAAAUGACUUAUUUUUAUGAAACCUGCUUCUUAACCAUUAUUGUGAGUGAGAAAGAGAGAGAGAAAUAAUAAUUUUUAUUUUUACAUUUCUAAAUAUUACUUCUUUAUUCCUACCUAAAAUACUUAUAAUUGACAAUUUUAUAUCUUCCUUACUGGUUAGAAUGUGUCUCCAAAUUUUUAUUGGAUGUGUGUCCAGGUUUUAAUACAACUUUUUCUAUUAUUGUGGAGAACAGUGUGAUAGAAAAUACACUUAAAUACAUUUAAAAAACAUAUGCUUCAGUUGCUGAAGCUAAUCUACCACACCUGAGUUGCAUGGAUUUUAACCCUGUGUUUUACUUGAGUUGUUGUAGUACUGCGUACAUCUCAAACAAGUUUAGCUAUGAAAUGUAAAAUAUCUUUCUCUUACUAAAGUGCACUUACUACUAUUUAUUAUUACUUAU